AAUUUUGCUGUUGCCUACUUUUGCAUCUUCAUCGAGAAUCAAUAUCAAUUUUACCUCAAUUGAGUUUAAUAAUAAAACAUCGAAAUUUAUUUCUUAACUUCUAUUUAACGGCCAAUAUAUCAGUUCAAUAAAUUUAAAUUUAUGAUAAGAAAACCGUUUCCAGUAUUCUCUAGUGAGGUCUGUUCAAUAAUUUAGCUAAUAAAAUACAGAUAAAUUUACCAAAAAAAUCUGCCACAAAACUAGAUGAAACCUAAAUUUUAGAAGAAAAAAAAUACGUUGAUGAUAUAGAGUGUGCGUGGCAAAUGAUUUUAGUAGUUUUGUUCGAGGCUUACACACCAUUAAAUUUUUUGACGCUAUUUUAUAUGUACGCGUAGUGGCAAAAUGAAGCAAAGCAAAACACAAUGCGAAUUCAAUGGCUCAAACCACAUGUGUAGUUUUUUUUUCUGGUAAAACAACGACCUUCACAUUGUAAAAUAUUUUUUUUCGUUCCGUAUCAUUCUUCACAGCGCGCUGAGUUACUGGUUGUGGUUUCAACGCUAUUCAUUGUUCGUUUUGCAUGUUUAUUCUUUCAUCUGUUUGUGUGUGUGUGUUUGAAUGUGUAUGACUCGAUCUCGAUAUGAGGUCAUGAAUUUUUGUUUCCUUUUAUUUUGGUAUUCCAGUUGAUGUAUUCAUAUUCGAUAAGAUAGUUAGUGUAUUUUUUUGGGUCUAAAGAUUUCGACACAUUGAUUUCGAUGCUUUGGCAAUGCAAAAUAAUUUCUGCCCGCACCAUUACCAUUCGAUAGGCCAAAGUGUGUGUACUAAAUAUCUUCAGUUGUUGUAAUUUGUCUAGAUAAAGUCUUUUUUUCUGUUGAUCUGUGUAAGUUUUGCUUUUGUUUUGCGGUGCGAACAUUUCCGAAAUAGGCUGACAUUUUAUUAUGUUUUGUUGGGUCGACGAAAUUAUUCGAAAUUAAGAGUUACGAAAUUAGUCGUUUUGGUAAUGCGUCUUCGCCUAAGCCAAAGUCACAGACUGGUUCAAGUUUAUUGUCAUCACCACUCCGCCGGAUACACCUUUACCACUUGAGUGUGUUUGUUUGGUGUUCACUUUUUUUUCUGUUUCGACAAUUUGCUUUUGGGACCGAAACGUAAUUAUUGAUGCGCACAAAGGCGGUUUUAUUACAACGACACACCGAAAACGGCAUAAUUUGCGCAGUUUUAGUUUGUUUGCCUGCGUUUGUUUUGUUAAAUACGUGUCGAUUUAUUUCAUAGUGCAACGGCUGAUUGUGCCAAAAAACGAACGGCGUCAUUUAAAUGAAUGAAUGAAUGAAUGAAUGAAUGAGGUGGAAAUAAAGUCUCGCUGUAAGUUUUCGACAACAUGAAAGAACCCAAAUGUAGAUAUUGAUCAUCAGUAGAGUCGAUUUGCUGCUAUAUUAUUAUUAUUAUUAUUAUUGUUAAAGGUGAAUACGUUGUAGAAUUAUUCUAAAAGAACUACAUUUUGUGUGAAAAAAACGGGAAUUCACACCGAUGGCAAACCCAGACAAAUAAACGAAAAUGAUAAUUGAAUGACUAGAGAACUAUCUUUAUUGGGAAACUGAACAAAAAAAAAUGGAGCAAUAAAUAGCCCAAUUAGCAUUUUGUAAAUUGCACAAGUACACAUCGUUCGAAAACCAUCGUGUUUAUCUCGUAAUUUCUGCACACCAAAGCCGUUGAAUCGGUUGACACUUUCAUUCAUACCAUUGCUAUGGCUAUGCUUUGCCGUGUGCGAGAGUGUUUGUUGGGUUCGAAUAUUUUAAUAGAGUCGUUGUCUCUCAUCACAAUUCGUGUUCGUUGCUUUCUCGUUCGUUUGCUUUGUAUGUAUUCAUGAAACGGCUUCUCUGAAUUUUUGAAUAUUUUUAUUGUGUUCGAAUUGAAAUUUAGGUGGCUACGAAAUGCAAAACGAAAAUUUCGACAAAAAUUACAAACCAUUUCAGAUAGUCAUUUAGUUGAGUGAUGAUAGUUGUGACUUUAUAUAGUCAGACGAUCAGAUUGAUCAAAAUUAUUCUGUGCUGAUAUUGGAUGGUUCAAAUCGAACUUUGUGAUUGUUAUCACGAUCAUCUAACGUGUUUUAUCGUGUUUUUUUUUCAUUUUACUCUUCUUGAGUCGAGUAGUCUGGGACGAGAGUGGAUGGGUCUAAGAGAGAACAUUGAUAAUAUACAAAAAAGUGAUAAUAAUGUUUAUUAUUGACUGGAAAUGAUAAACGUAUUGUGUUGUCUAGUAAACAAUUUUUGCGUCCAGAUUUUCUCUCACUCGAUUGCAUGUUUACCCAUGAAGAACACAAUUACUUUGUAAACAGUUCGAAAAGUGUAUUAAUAGUGAGAAUUGGCGCAUUAGUUUAAUCUAGUUAAUGCAUUUGAAGGAAAUUGAGUUUAAAUUUCGAAAUUGAAUAUCCUUGCAGUGAGAGUGUUUGAUGGCUGCUGUUGCUGUUGCUACUGCUGCUGCUGCUGCUGCUGCUGAUGAUGAUCAAAUUUUGAUUUGCUGAAUCAUUGCAUUGCGAUUUCCAUAGAUAAUAAUAAUAUUUGUGAGUCGACUUGAGUUACACCGACGAAUAACACCGCCAUGGAUGAUAAUUCAUACCGAUUCCUAUCGCCCAGAAAAAUGUUCAAACGAUCGGCGAAGAUGUGCGCAUCAAUAAGUGCUAUACCAGGCACCAAGCUGGACGAGAUCAACGAUGAUUGUUUAGCUCAUAUUUUUAAAAUGCUUGACAUUUACGAUCUGUAUAAUAUUGCAUGUGCGUCACCGAGAUUUGAAAGCGUUUUCUCACUGUUUAAAUGCAAUUUUGCGUACACCGUUACAAAUGUAGCUGCACCGAAUCUAAAGCAUUUCCUUCAAAUGGUCGGAAUGCAAAUCAGGACUUUAUCGAUUUCGAUCAGUGAACGUAACCGAAAUUCUGCGGAGAUUAUUGAGUUUUUGGAAUGCGUGCAGGAGCACUGUUUGAAUGUUAAACAUUUAGCAAUUAAAAAAUGGCCACAUCUGAACUUUAGUCGAUUUUCGACAUUGUUGAAACGUUUGGAAUCAUUGCGAUUGGAUGAAUGUGAAUAUACCGAAAUAAAUGAUUUGUUGAAUCGUCGAUUUGUGAUCAAACCAUGGAUAGCGCAACCAUUGUCUUCGAUGCAAUUGGCAUUGCAAAAAUCGAGUGGCAUGUCGAAUUUAACGAACUUGACGUGUCUGAAACUGCAUCGCUGCAAAGGAUUCAGGCCGAAUAGUUUUCAGAAGUUUCUCAUGCAAAAUAACAAACUCAUCGAAUUGUCGCUAUUCGCACUGAAAGAUUUCAUGAACAGCGAUGCUGAUGAAAGUUUCUUCGAUGGACUCGUACAGUAUAUGCAAUGCGUCGAAACGAUCAGUAUAGAUGUGAAAACAACAUCACACAUUCAGUUUAUCGCCCGUUUACCAAGACUACGUUCACUUCAACUUCUUGAUUACUCGGUCUACAAUGAUCGCAUCGUAGACAGAUUAUUACGAAAACUCAGCGAUAUCAAUAAAAUCGAAGAACUAGAUCUUUACCACUGCAAUUUGGGAUUGACUUCGUAUCGGGUCGUGUCACAAUUUCAAAAAUUGCACACACUGAAACUGCGCAAAAAUUUUUGGGUUACAGACCAACAUUUGGCCACGCUAAAUUUAAUGCAAUCACUUAAAACUGUGUGCUGCUUCGAUAAUAUAGUACUAACUGAUGAUGGUGUAAUGUCGUUGGUGCGCAUGUCUCCGCAGCUCACACAACUCGAUUGCUCGUGGUGCUUCCAAGUCACAAAUCGUACAGUCCAUGAUAUUCAAUACCUGCUGCAUCAUCAGAGUUACCGUCCAAAGUUGGAUAUUAUAGUGGGUGGCAGAACCAAAAUCACGGAAUCCGUUUUGAAUGAUAUAUCCGGAGACGAUGUGGACCGUAUUUCAAUUAAAUUCGAUCCGAAUAUGUCAAUCGAUUGCAUCAUACAAAACAGUUUCUGCUUGAAUUGCACAUCGAAAUCAAGGAGUGCAUAGAUAGAUCAGCUGAGACGAAACAUUUUCAUCAUUCAGUUUUAUAUAUGAAAGGGGUCUUAACUAGAAUCAUUCCCAAAUGAAUUUUAUACGUAAAAUAAAAACAAUUGAUUUUAAGAUUAUUCAUUGAUGUGCUUUUAUUAAUUCACAUGUUGAACCUAUUCUAUGAAAAUUUUAUACAUUUUUUUUACGCAACGAAAAAAUGAAAUCAAAAUACUAUCAAAACUAAAAUGAUUUUCUUUUAUAAAAUAUUUAAUUAAUCGAAAACAAAUGUAGUUGGAUUCAUUUACGUUACAUCAGAGAAGAUAUGAUUCGUAUCCAUUUGAAUUAGAAAAAUAAAGCCGGAUCGAUCGAUGGUGUGUUCUUUAGCACAAAUUUCUAUACUUUAAUUUUAUCAUCUGAUGCUUGAAUAUUUAAGAAAAAAAAUUUUUUAUUAUUAUUAUCAUACUUUUUAGUGUUUUUUGAAAAAAAAAGACUAAUUAAAAGAGAUUAAUUUUAUUUUGUGUAAAUUUUUCUUUAUUUUGAAAUGUUGUUGUUGAUUGUAAUGAAAUUGGCUGUUCAUUUCAAUAAAAAAAAUGGUUUAAAUACCUUACAAAUUAAGA